GAUUUUAUAAUCCCGUGUGUGAAUUAAAUUUAAAAUACUAAUUUGCAUCAAUAACAUUCCUGAAGAAAAAAAUAUCACAUUUAAACCAAGACGCAGUACUGAUAAGGAUAUGAACUUGGUAGUUGUUUAAAGUUAUACAAGAUGAACGAGACUUUAGGUCGCGGGUAUGCCCGCAUCGACGCCAUCAGGGCGGCGCGUGGAGAGCCCCUCACCGCAAUGCCCGAACCCACGGGACCACCGCCUGACAGAUACAACUCCGUAUACUUCACACUCUUCGUCGCUGGAACUGCUUUCCUCCUGCCUUUCAACAGCUUUAUAAUGGCCGUGGACUACUUCCAGCACCACUACCCGAACACGACGAUUAUGUUCGACAUGUCAACAGUGUACAUCGCGUCCGCCUGCGUCGCCGUCGUCAUUAACAACCUCAUGCUCGACCUCUUCACCUAUAAUACCAGGAUUACGUUUGGUAUAUUACUAUCGCUGGCAACGAUGCUCUUUGUAGCAAUCUGCAACAUCGGAUGGGACGGCUUCUCUACCAACGUGUCGUACACAAUCAACCUGGUAGCGAUUGGUGUGGUGGCGUUUGGCUGCACGGUACAACAGGCCUCGUACUACGGGUUUACAGGCUGCCUACCCCCUAGGUACACGCAAGCUGUGAUGGCUGGCGAAAGCGCUGCUGGUUUUUGGGUAUCUAUCGACCGGAUUGUAACGAAGUACGGAUUCAGACAGCCACGACGGAGCACCUUCAUGUUCUUUGUAUUCUCCAUUCUCAUUUUGCUGGGCCAUUCGAUGCUGCAUCACGUGAUGAUGCGGCAUCCUCUGGUGCAAUACUAUCUCAAAUUGACCAACGAAUCUCGACACAGGCGACGUAUUCAGCUGCAUUUAAAUCCCAAUGAAGAUGCGACAUUGAUGGAAAGCGAAUCAGGGGACGGUGCUUUCGGUGUACUAAAAUUGCAAAGUCCUGCUCUCUCUAACACAGGAACUGUGGAUGGUGAGAAUACGUUUAGCUUCGCGAACCCUGUGUACUCUCCGACGGCCACCAUUCCUGUGACGUCAGCACCACUUGCGUCGCCACCUCCCAGCGUGUCGGAGGCAUCACCUGCGCUGCGCACACCACGACCCUCAUAUAAGGUCGAAGACGUCGUGGUCGAGUCACCUGAACGACCAACCUCCUGGCGGAGCUUCAAACGUGGUGUGCUCGCCAGGUGGGCGGUGGCACGCGCCAUCUACCCCUACAUGGUGUCAAUCGGUCUCGUCUACUUCACCACGCUCAGCCUCUACCCCGGCAUAGCAUCUGAGGUUCCCUCCUGUCGUCUCGGUUCCUGGAUGCCUAUCAUACUCAUGUCAGCGUUUAAUACCUUCGAUUUCAUUGGCAAGGUAACGAAUAAACUAUGUGAUACUGAGGCGCCAUCUCGUGUAGGACGAGAACAUCGGGAAAUAGCCGGUAAUAUGAUGACGUUGUCCUACAACGGGGGGUUACUGUCUGGGUCGUUGGUGUCAUACUUGCUGUUGAGUAUAUCUAACGGUAGAGACAGACACUGCAAGAAUAGUCGACAAUUCGAAAAAAUACUCGACAUUGAGGGAAUAGAUGUUUAUCUGAACUAA